CUUCUUCAUGUCUUCCUGGUCCUCUCUACCUCGAGAAUCGUCAGGAGUGGCCGAUUCUCCCAUUUCACCCUUGUCGUCACCUUCAUCGCCCAGUUUUACGGAUGCUCUGUUUGAACAGCACAGCUCAGUGUACGAUAUUAUCCAUUCAACCGACAAUCCAGCCGAGUUUUACGGCGGUAAACAUGCUUUGCAAACGGCCGGAUGCAGCCAUCUAGCCAGAUUCAAACAACAAACCAAGAACGAUGGCAUGAACAUCGUGGAAAACUACCGACUCUUAGUACGAUACUCUUUAGCAUGGCAUCAUCGCCAAAAGUCCAAUAUCCCUGACAAAAAACGCAAACGCCACCCUAAAGACCUUCCUUUCCCACAAUGUUCAGUAUGUCACGAUUCGUUAUCACGGCUGCACGUCUGCCUUCACUGCGUGUUCAUGGGUUGUUGGCGAAAAGGACAUAUACGCGAACACAUGAAAGCGCACAAUCACACCUUUGCCAUGGACUUUACUCACCGAACGGUUUACUGCAAAGAAUGCAACGAUUACGUCUACGAUACCGAAUUAGAAGAUCGAAUUCUACGAUACGAAGUUUUGCGCAGCGAAUCAAAUUCCCCCAGGAAACGAGCACGAUUGGCGAGUGUGGCAUGGGAACCUUCCAGUCAAGAAAGUGCAUUGAUAGUUCACAAUUCCUCUUUGGCUUCUUGCCAGGGUAUACGAGGGUUGUGUAAUAUGGGCAACACAUGUUUUAUGAACGUCAUCCUUCAAAGCUUCAUCCACAAUCCCUUGCUGAAAGCCUACUUUUUGAGCGAUAUGCAUAAUCCCAAUCUCUGUGAAAAUAAGUUUUGCCUGUGUUGCGAAAUGGAUAAUUUAUUCGCCCAGAUCUAUUCGGGACAGAAAGAACCUUAUGGACCUUGCAGUUUCCUGCAAUCCAUGUGGAUGAGCCUGAAGGAAUUGGCUGGGUAUGCUCAACAAGACGCGCAUGAAUUCUUUAUCAGUGCGUUGAACCACAUCCACGCUGGUUGCGAAGGACAAUCGAUGGUGGACUGCACAUGCAUCGUGCACAAGACGUUUGCCGGAUUACUGCAAUCCAAUGUCACCUGUUUGCGAUGCGGCAAUGUGACCACCACUUAUGAUCCCAUGCUCGAUAUUAGUCUGGGAUUGCGACCGGUGGAAAAGAAAAAGAAAAAUGGAGUCAGCGGCACCUCUUCCGGUUCGUCCAAACCCAGCGCGACGACCGAGGUCGACAAAGAAAGCCAAGCUUCCACUGUCAAUGGUGACACAUCGCCCGCGUCACCAGCGUCACCACGACGGUCAAGGCAAGGCAACACCCUUGUAGAUUGUUUAGAAAGAUAUACGCAUCCCGAAAAAUUGGGACCUAAUGAAUACAGCUGUAGUAAAUGUGAUAAUACGUUUCAGGAAGCGACCAAGCAAUUAUCCGUCAAGCGAUUACCACCCGUGCUGAGCUUCCAGCUCAAACGAUUUGAGCAUGGAGGCUCAGCGAGUAAAAUAGAAACCAAAAUCAAAUUUCCUGUAGAACUGGACAUGACACCUUACACAACGCACGGACGGAAAAAGGCUAGAACUAGUACUCCAUCGAAAGAAAAUGUAUAUACGCUUUUUGCAGUUGUAAAUCAUCAAGGUCGAAUGGACACUGGGCAUUACACCAUGUUUGCCAAACAUCGCGGCGAGUGGUUUAAAUUCGAUGAUCACAGUGUAACCAUGGCAUAUCAAAAAGACGUCCUUGACAGCAAAGCAUACAUGUGUUUUUAUAUAAAAAAAAUACUCGAUUAUUCCAACUAAUACUGCUUGCACUAAAAAUAAACAACGAAACAAAAAAAAUUAAAAAAUUUAGCGGAUCCCAGGUCACAAGAGAAAAAUCGAACCAUUCCAAGGAAAAAAAAAAAAAAAAA